GAUGAAUUAUCUAUGAUAAGAAUAUAGAAAAACAAACUAAAAAGUGUCUAUGUCAAAUUUGGCGUCUCGUUGUUUCGUUAUGGUCGUGUUUUUACCAUUACAAUUCGUAAAAAUGUUGUUUUUCCAAAGUUAACAAACUGAAUUCAUGUAUUGGCUUAUUAUUGAGACAAAUAGUGAGUUGCGUUGAUCGCAAACGUUUUAUUAGCACGACUGACAAGAUGGCUGAUAUAAAGUCAAUGUUUAAUAAAAUGAGCAGCCCAAAGCAGAAUGGCACUGGGGAGCCUGCACCCGCUAAAGGUCAGAAGGGUGCCAUUGAAAAGAUAUACCAGAAGAAAUCACAGCUAGAGCACAUCCUCCUACGUCCUGACACCUAUAUUGGUUCAGUGGAAAGAGCCACCGAGACUAUGUGGGUUUAUGACAAGGUGAAGGAGUGUAUGAUGCAAAAAGAGUUGACUUUUGUGCCAGGUUUGUACAAAAUUUAUGACGAAAUCUUGGUUAAUGCGGCUGACAAUAAGCAGAGAGACCCCAAAAUGGAUGUCAUUAAAAUUGACAUAAAUCAAGAAACAAACACAAUAUCCGUCUACAAUAAUGGUUGUGGUAUCCCUGUAGUUAUGCAUAAAGAUGAGAAGAUGUAUGUGCCGACUAUGAUCUUUGGGCAUUUGUUGACUUCGUCCAAUUAUAAUGAUGAAGAGGAAAAAGUCACAGGUGGUAGGAAUGGUUAUGGUGCAAAACUCUGUAAUAUUUUCUCAACUAAAUUCACAGUGGAAACUGCUUCAAAGCAGUACAAGAAACACUUUAAACAGACAUGGGGUUCCAAUAUGACUAAGGCUUCUGAACCUAAGAUUAAAGAUUCUGGGAAAGACGAUGACUUUACUAAAAUAGUGUUUAGUCCAGAUUUGGCUAAAUUUAAAAUGGAAAAAUUAGAAGACGACAUUGUGUUACUAAUGUCAAGACGAGCAUAUGACGUAGCAGCCUCAUCGCAAGGUGUAAAGGUUUAUUUAAAUGGUGAAAGACUAAAAAUUAAUAAAUUUAAGGACUAUGUAGAUUUAUACAUUAAAGGAAAAGACGAUGAAAAUGGCCAACCAUUGAAAGUUGUUUAUGAGAAAGUGAGUGACCGCUGGGAGGUCGCUCUUACAAUAUCUGACAUGGGAUUCCAACAAGUUUCUUUUGUUAACUCUAUUGCAACCACAAAAGGUGGUAAACAUGUUGAUACAGUAGCUGACAGUGUGGUCAAGAAUGUUUUAGAAGUACUUAAAAAGAAGAAUAAAGGUGGUGUUAAUAUUAAACCAUACCAAGUUAAAACUCACAUGUGGUUAUUUGUCAACUGCCUGAUUGUAAACCCUACCUUUGAUUCACAAACUAAAGAGAACAUGACACUCCAAGCUAAAAGCUUUGGGUCAAAAUGUAAUUUGUCUGAAAAGUUCAUCACAGCAGUUACCAAAUGUGGUUUGGUGGAAUCUGUUCUGACUUGGGCGAAAUUUAAGGCUCAAGAUCAAUUAGUUAAGGCAUCUGGAAAGAAACAGAGUAAAUUGAAGGGCAUACCGAAAUUGGAAGAUGCUAAUGAUGCAGGCACAAAGAAUGCACAUCUCUGUACAUUGAUUUUGACUGAGGGAGACUCGGCUAAAACAUUGGCUGUAUCAGGACUCAGUGUUGUAGGUAGAGAUCAUUACGGAGUGUUUCCAUUAAAGGGUAAACCUUUAAAUGUGCGAGAUGCGUCCCACAAGCAAGUUCUAGAAAAUGUUGAAAUCAAUAAUUUGAUUAAAAUUCUUGGAUUACAGUACAAGAAAAAAUAUAACUCAGUUGAUGAUUUGAAAACAUUACGUUAUGGUAAAGUAAUGAUCAUGGCUGAUCAGGAUCAAGAUGGAUCGCAUAUUAAAGGUCUGAUUAUCAAUUUUAUACAUCAUAAUUGGCCUGAGCUAUUGAAAUUGCCAUUUUUAGAAGAAUUCAUUACACCUAUUGUCAAAGCUACAAAAAAAGACAAAGAAAUAUCUUUCUACUCUUUACCAGAGUUUGAAGAAUGGAAAAAAGAAACAGAAAACCAUCACACAUAUAAUAUAAAAUACUACAAAGGUUUGGGUACCUCCACAUCAAAGGAGGCUAAAGAAUAUUUCCAAAAUAUGGAUAGGCACCGAAUUCGAUUCAAGUAUAGUGGUCCAACUGAUGAUCACCAUAUUGAACUUGCAUUUUCAAAGAAAGGUGCAGAUCAACGUAAGGAAUGGUUGACUAAUCACAUGGAUGAAGUUAAGAGGAGAAAGGAAAUAGGACUGUCAGAGAGAUACCUGUACACAAAAGAGACGAAAACAGUGACUUAUUCUGAUUUCGUUAAUUUGGAACUUGUACUAUUCUCAAAUGGUGACAAUGUGAGAUCAAUUCCAUCAAUGAUAGAUGGCUUGAAGCCGGGUCAACGUAAAGUUAUCUUCACUUGUAUAAAACGUAAUGACAAGCGUGAAGUGAAAGUGGCACAACUGGCUGGUUCCGUUGCAGAGCAUUCGGCUUACCAUCACGGUGAACAGUCCCUGGCAAUGACCAUAGUGAACCUGGCUCAGAACUACGUCGGUUCGAACAACAUCAAUCUGCUGGAGCCGCGCGGACAGUUCGGCACGCGGCUCAGCGGCGGCAAGGACUCGGCCAGCCCCCGAUACAUCUUCACUCUCAUGUCCCCGCUCACAAGACUCAUAUUCCAUCCGCACGACGACCCGCUGCUUGUCCAUGAAUUUGAGGACAACCAGAAGAUAGAACCAGUUUACUAUCUGCCCAUUAUCCCAAUGGUGUUGGUGAACGGAGCUGAAGGUAUUGGUACAGGCUGGUCCACUAAAAUACCUAAUUACAACCCCAGGGAUAUUGCUGAAAACUUACGGAGGUUGCUGGACGGCGAAGAGCCUAAAGUGAUGCAUCCGUGGUAUAAGAACUUCAAGGGCAAUGUGGAGGGCUUCGGCGAUAAAUACGUCAUAUCCGGUGAGGCGGCCAUAUUGCCUGGCGACAAAAUCGAGAUCACGGAGCUUCCGGUCGGGACGUGGACCCAGAAUUACAAGGAAAAUGUCCUCGAACCUAUGCUUGGAACAGAUAAAGUGAAACCAUUAAUAUCUGAAUACAGGGAAUACAAUACUGACACGACAGUUCGGUUUGUCGUGUCACUUUUACCUGGAAAGCUAUCUGAAAUAGAGGCUGAGGGCAUACACAAGGUGUUCAAACUGCAAACUACCAUAUCUAUGACAUGUAUGAACGCCUUCGACUAUAACUGCUGCCUUAAAAAAUACGACAAAGUAGAGGAAAUCCUACGUGAGUUUUACGACCUGCGCGUUAAAUACUACGUCCGUCGCAAGGAUUACCUCGAGGGACAGUUGCAGGCCGAAGCAGACAAGCUGUCCAAUCAGGCUCGGUUUAUCCUAGAAAAGUGUGACAAAGGAUUAGUCAUCGAGAACAAGAAAAGAAAGGCUAUGGUUGAAGAACUCAUCAAGAGAGGCUACGCUCCCGACCCAAUCGCGGACUGGAAGAAGCGAGCCAGCAAGAUCCAAGGUCUCACCGCGUUAGAGGACGACGACGCUCAGGAAUCUGAAGAUGAGGAACCGGAACCUGAUCCUAAAGGGAAACCCGUUGACCCUGAUAAAGCAUUCCAGCAAUUGAAAGAAGUAAAGAAAUUUAACUAUCUGCUGGGAAUGUCGAUGUGGAUGCUCACUAAAGAGAAGAAAGAUGAACUCCUCAAGCAGAGAGACCAGAAAUUGACUGAGCUGACCACAUUGAAAAAUAAAACGGCACCAAUGCUGUGGCGGGAAGAUCUAGACGCGUUUUUGAUCAAAUUAGACGAAGUUGAAGAUAAGGAGCGACAGGAGGAACUCAAUGUCAACAAGAAGACUUCUAAAGCGAUGACGGAUAGAAUGAAGGCUGGUAAGAAGAAUCGCAAGUCAAUGUUUGAUAUUAUCCCGUCCGAGAAUGGUAGAAGAGUUGAGCCGAAGAUAUCUGAUGACCUGAUCAAGAGGAUACAGGCCGCAGAGAAAGCUAAAACCAGGAAAGAGAUUAAGAAGGAAUAUGAUCCAGAUGACCCUACAGGCAUAAGCCCAUCAAGCGGAGAGAAAAAACCUAAAGCUCGAGUAAAGAAAGAGAAGCCAGAGAAAGCUGAGAAACCUGAUAAAGUUGACAAAGCUGAAAAAACAGAUGGGCUUAAACAAACUAAACUUACUUUUAAAAAGGAACCUAAAAAGAAGAAGAUGACGUUCAGCGGCAGCAGUUCAGGAGAAAUGUCAGCAUCUGAUGCUGAGGUGGAAGUUCUAGUACCUCGGGAACGUACCAAUGCGAGGAGAGCUGCCACUAAGGUACAGAAAUACAAAGACGGUUCAGAUGACUCUGGUUCUGAUUCAGAACCAGAACUGUUGGAUAACAAGAUAGAUUCGGACCAUGAAGCGCCACAAACUCUCUCCAUCAGUGAUGAGGAUGAUGAUUUCAACAUCAAGAAGAAUCCCGCAAAGAAACCAGCCGAGAUGGAUUCUGAUUGCUUAUUCGACUCUCUGAUAGAAGAUGCUAAAAAAGAUGAACCACAAAAGACAUUGACAAAAUCUAAAUCAGAGAGCAAUCCUCAUCCGACGAACUUAAUAUCGAGCGACAGCGACGCUGCGAUACAAGCGUCACCGCCGAAGAAAAAAGCAGCUCCCAAACGUAAACUGAUGAAUGUCGAUAAAGAUGAGAAGAAGACCAAGAAGAGGCCGGCGCGGGUCAUGCUCGACCAGGACUCCGACGACGAGGACAGCAUAUUUGACAGUAAAAAGGGUAAAAAGAAACUUGCUGCGAAUCCCAAAAAGAAGGCUAAGAAGAAGGUGGAAAGUGAUUCUGAAUCUGACUUCAAUAUAAGCGACAGCUCAUUGAGCGAUUAGAAUAGUUUUAAAAUAAUUGAUGCAGUAUCUGAGCGGACUACACAUUUUGAACGACGACACGAAGCGUCUAUAUAUGUUUGUAAUAUAUAGUUUUUAUAUACUACGUCGAUUAGAUAUUAGUUAUUUUAUAAUACAUUUGACGUUUGCAUACAAAGGUUGCUUUAGUUGUCAAGAUAUUUUUGUAUUGAAUGCUAUAUUUACGAUUUCAUUAAUUUUUAUUAUUGCCUCAAUUUUAUUUUCAAAAUGAUUAUUGUCCAUUGAUUUGGUAUUUUGUAUUCUUUGUUCAUUUUUGGUAGACCUAAGAGGUCCGUGACUAGAUGAGUUUUUGAUGAACUGAUUAACCCACAAUUUAAAUAUAAAUAUUGACUGUUUUAUCAAGUUUUGAGCAGAGGAACGAAACGGAAUAAGUGGAUAAAAAACUUGAAGUUUGAUGUCGAAACCUGUACAUACCACAUAAUGCAUGUGUGCACAUUUCAUAUUAUCCUCAGAAUUAUGGUAAUCAGCAUGAUAAUUCACUAUGAAAUGUUUCAAUAGUACAAAAAUGUGUCUUUACAACUAUUUAUUUAUUUAUACUUAGCGAAUAAAUAUUUUUAACGCUUUAAUUAAAUUGGCAGGAUCCAAUUUUAACUACUGAGUCGUACAGUAGAAUUUUGAAAAUAAAAAUUCUUUUUUUAUGGUUUAUUCUCGUAUUAUUUACCUUUAGUUCGAAUAGCUUCCAACAUUUUGUAAUAGUAACCGACAUUGUAUUAUAUUGUAAAAGUUGAAUAAAAACAUUUGCACGACACGUUAUACUAGUUUUAAAACUAUGAGUAAUUGAAAAAUUUUUAAAUAUUGAAUUUAAAGAAAAAAUGAUUUAAGAAUAAGUUGACAAUUAUUUAAUUUAAAUAGGAUUGUAAUUGUGAAUUGAACAAGACUCAUGAAAAUCAGAUGUUGCAAUAUUAUGAAUACAAAGAAGUCCCAGUGAAGCAGACAAAAAAAUAAAAUUGUUUUCAUUAAUACCAUAUUGAAAUUUCAUACAAAAUGUACUGACGGUAUUCAAUAUUCAGUUACACGGCUUAGUUUUUGAUAUGUAAUUUAUAAUAAUUGUUACAAAAAAAAAAAAAGUUAUAAAAUUGAUCCAGUGCAUUAUGAUUCGUAAAGGUUACACACACCAUAAAUAAAAAUAAAAAACUAUUAUUAUAUUUGAAUCUGAUGUAAAUAAAUGAAAUUGAAUUAUUUCGUAAUUUUAACGAAUAACUUUUAUCGGUCGACUUUUCCGUACUGUGGUCUAGUUUAGAUCGUCCGAAAUAUAUUUUACAUAUAAAAUAUAUCGUUCAAGACGAUACUAAAAAUUAAUAAUUGAGAUUUUAGAGAUAUGUACUAAAACUAUUUCUUUGUGUUUGAUGAUAAAAAUGUAAUAUUUAAUAGGUAUAUUACAUAAAUUACGACGUCUAGUUAGUUAUUAACAAGACAGUUUUAUAUAAACAUAAAAAAGAAAAACGAGAAUUUGACUAUGAAAUUAAAAAACCUUUCCGAAAAUCGUUGUUAAAUAUACCUCUUGUAUUGUAGAUAAUUAUUGUAAUAAAUAAAAAUAUAUCACAAUAUUUAGAUGUGUGAGACUUCCGUGGUUGAAAAUAUAUCGUUUUUUCAUACUUUUAUACGUGAUUUUAGAAUUCAAUUAAAUACAGUUUUCGAGUAUAAAUAAAACGCUCAAAAAUAUACUCUAUUCUAAUGCAAAAUUUCAUGCGAAAGAAAUUUCUAGAACAAAAUGUCAUGUCUGACGCUAAACGCUGAUAACAGUGUUAUUAUUUAUUUUUCUGAUGCCUCAUUUUAAUCGUAGUCUUUGAUUUCUGGAAUGACAUUUCUUUUUCUUCUGAUAUUCUUUGUGUGUAGUUUUUUGUUUCUUUUUGUGUGAAGUUCCUGAUUUUUUUUUUAAUUGUACAUUAAAGCUAUUGCACUCUGUGACGUAACAUCGGUCUCUAUUCAAUCGAUAUCGACUAGACAGUAGAUUAAGUCAUUCGAUUGCGAGUUAUUAAUAAAAUAAAAUAAAAAAACGUCGGCUCCUAUUGUAGUCUCCGAGAUAUAACUAUUGAUUGAAAGAUUGUUUUUAUUAAUAAUAAAUGGCAACCCUGGUAAUUGUGAUGUAACGUUUCGUCGCUAUUCUUCUCAAUUUCAUUGUUACAAUAAAUUUGUCAAUACACAAUUAAUAUUGUCAUUCCGUAGUGUUUUUUAUUUGUUCAAUGUAUUUGAUACUGUUUUCAAGUUCUGUUUGUUUUUGGUUAUCAUAUUAUGAAGCUUUUCAUAUUACGAUAUUUAUUUCGCGUCUGUUAUGUGUCUUAAUUAAUUUUCAAUUAAUUUUUAAUUCUUAUCAGUAAGUCUGUAAAUAAAUGAAGGAUUUAAGAAUAAA